AUGUCGCAAACUGCACAAGGAGCUGACGGCCGCCCCCAAGCGGAUUCGACCCUUGGCGCGCCGCCCGACUCUCAGCCCCAGCUGCUACAACAACAGCAGCAACAACAGCAACAGCAGGGACCGCUCCCGCCCUUCGAUAAAACGCGAAGCCAGACAGACCGCGAUAGUGACGACGCGAUGGACGCGGCGUCAGACCUAUUCACGGAACGGGAGGGAAGUAGCGAAGAAACUGUAGCGCUGAAGAGACUGCGAACGUCGCGAGCGACCUACUCUGUGAGCAGGACCGACACUAUUGACCGUGAGCUCUCCCCGCUUAGGAAGCCCCCGCCCCAGUCCUCAUGGGACAAGGAGCCCAAGAAAGGCCAGCACCCGGAACGCCCAGAGGCCCUAGAAGAUUGGGUGCGACUCUUCGGUGACACCAAGUCGUACAACCCCGAGUUCGACGAGGCACGUUACUCGGGCAUUCCGACUGGGUUCCAUGCGAAUCCCAACUACUGGCUCGCGCAGAUCGGUAAGGAGAAACCAGCUCUCCCGGAAGGCGGCGAAGCCUUUGUAACCGGCCCCCUCCCGCACAUUCACAUAAGCGACUGGCGUCACCUCGGAAACAUCCAAGACCAACAGAGCGCGAUGGUCAAGGAGAGGGGGAAGGCCCUGCUAGCCCUGGUACCCCACGGAGGAGGACGAGAGAUGAACAAAGCGGCGGUCAAGAUCGCCCAAUGCUUCCAGGAGUUCCUCUCCUCUCUCCGUUUCGAGGGCCUCGGGGGGAAGGGCGCGGACGUCAUAGUGACUCCGCCUGACCCACGGAACGCAGGAGGCAUCGGCAGCAAAAACCCCUUCGCCCAGCCGUGGACGUUUUACGUCGACAUUCAAAACGACCCGGCCGACUUCCUUCGCGCCUUCCUCCUAUACCAGGAACAUUUCGCUAUCAGCCCGCUGCUGUCGUUCUCCGUCUACCCCCUUGUAUCCGACAACCCCCAGCCGUGGAAGCUCUUCGUACUAAUGAGCCCGCACCUUCCGAGACUAGACGCAGCCCAUAACAAGGUACUAGCCAUGCGCGACGCGACGCGCAACACAAUCAUAGGCAGAUUGAAGGCUCACCAAGGAUAUCGGGACCUCGUCGCGAAGCUGGCGACCUGCAAUAUAGGGCAUACGGGCGACCAUGAGCAGGUUUUCAAGACGGUAACUGACACCUACCAUCUUCAGCCGGUCACCGCGGAGACUAGCGACGGCACCUACCCCGCCUACAUCUUCUAUGCACGCCCGAUCACGACGGGGGAAAAGGAACUGGACAGCCUGAAGAGUGCGAUCAGGGAAGCUCUAUGCGGCGCGACUGGGGACCACUUCUACGUAAACAUGCGCAAGAUACAAGUUAUCGACGACGCGAAGUCGGGCCCAGCUGCAGUCGACUGCAAGCUCUGCAAGUCGGAGACGCACAUCACGGCGGAGUGCCCCCUCCCGAAAGCUAGGGGGUGGCGCGGCCUCAACGCGUCAGACCUAGGGCGCAAUGGCACGACCACGAACAGCAACGCGGGACCUGCCAGGGAGGACCAGGGAAACUUCAUGGAGGGGGUCCUGGGCGCAAUCCGGGGUAACGGUAUGACCAGCUCGCCACGUGGCAAGAGAGGACGCGGGAACGCGAACGGACGAGGCCGCGGCCGUGGGGGAUCUGGGCGUGGAGGCUGGUAUGCCAACCGCACCUAG